AUGACAACACAAAAGAAAAUCCUGAAGAGGCUCUACCCAGAUCUGAAUAAUGAUGAGAAAGAGGAAAAAAUAUACAAGAAAGACAAAAUUGUGUUGGAGAACCAAGAGAAGAAGAAGAAGGAGAAGGAGAAGGAGAAGGAGAAGGAGAAGAAGAAGAAGAAGAAGAAGAAGAAGAAGAAGGAAAUUGACGUUCUUACCGUGAAAAUAUGGCUUUCAGAAAAACACCACCUAAGAAAGAAGGAAAAAGGUGAAAGAUUGUGUUGGAGAACCAAGAAGAAGAAGAAGAAGAAGAAGAAGAAGAAGAAGAAGAAGAAGAAGAAGAAGAAGAAGACGGCAGAAUUUCUCUCGAAAGCAAAGGAUCGUUGGACUGGGAAUUAG